AUUUUGUACACUGAACGAAAUAACCACUUUGUUCCGCCGACUGAUGCAAGAACAAAAUGUUUUGAAUUAUUCAAGAUUUGUUGGUGCAGAAGCUUUUCUGAGGGUCUAAGGCAACAACAUGGCUGAUACAGGAAAUGCAGCUGUGCAGGUUCAACAGCAGGGUACAAGCAAAAAGAAAAAAGAGAAAAAACCCAAGCCUCAGAAUCCAGAGAAAAGUAAAGCUCCAGAUGUGGAUCCAAACAAACCACAGAAAUCUAAAGCAGAAUUGAAGGCAGAGCGAAGAGCACUUCAGGAGGCCCAGAGAGCUGCAAAGAUUGCAGGGACAAAAUCCACUUCAGGUCAGCAAACUCCCGCAGCUAAGAAAACUGAAAGUGGAUCAUCCAACCAGAACCAGCCCGCUGCAUCUCAGCAAAGCAAGAAAGAAAGCCAGCAAAGUAUUCAGAGAGUGCCCGCCAAUGUGCGCGUAGAUGAUGUCACUGCACAGAAGAGAGUUGCCAAAAACUUAGAGAAGCAACAAAUUCCACAAAGAGCAAGUGUUCAGAGGAAAGUGCGACAUUUCAACCAUCUUCAUCAGUAUGAAAGACAAGUGUCUUUAACACAGAGCAUCUCACUUGGGAGUAGCAACAAUAAAGUUCAUCCUGCUGUGUUGAAGUUAGGCCUACAGUAUGCAGAGGGAGUGGUGUGUGGCUCCAAUGCCAGGUGUAUCGCACUCCUUGCUGCACUCAAACAGGUGAUUGCAGAUUACAGUACCCCACCUCAGAAAGAACUGGCCAGAGAUCUAGAUGCUAGAAUCAAACCGUGCAUCAGCUUCCUUAUACAGUGCCGCCCUCUAUCUGUGAGUAUGGGAAAUGCUAUCAAACAUCUGAAGUGGCACAUCACCCACACACCUACUGAUAUGUCUGAUACUAAGGCUAAAAAUAACCUCUAUGAAGUUAUUGAUAGUUUUAUCCAAGAGAAGGUGCUACUGGCAGGUAAAGCUAUCUCUCAGACCUACGCUAGAGACAAGAUUAACAACAAUGAUGUGAUCGUGGUGUAUGCAUGCUCAUCUCUUAUCAGAAGGGUGUUAUGUGAUGCUCAUGAUGAGGGAAAGACAUUUAGGGUUAUUGUAGUGGAUGGAAGACCAAAACUAGAAGGCAGAGAAAUGCUGCGCAGACUUGUGAAACAUGGUAUCAGGUGUAGCUAUGUGUUGAUAAAUGCUGCUUCAUAUGUGAUGAGAGAGGCAACAAAGGUUUUUCUAGGAGCUCAUGCUCUGUUGGCAAAUGGUUAUGUGAUGUCCCGUGUAGGAAGUUCCCAGGUGGCGCUACUUGCCAAGGCUUGCAAUGUACCAGUCCUCGUGUGCUGUGAAACCUACAAGUUCUGUGAGAGGGUGCAAACGGAUUCAUUUGUAUUUAAUGAAUUAGCUGAUCCUGAUGACCUUGUAAAUAUUGACCAAUCUCACACAUACCUCACUAACUGGAAGGACAAUACGCAUCUCAAUCUUUUAAAUCUUGUCUAUGAUGUCACACCAUCUGAACUUGUUACUAUGGUGAUAACAGAGAUCGGGAUGAUUCCAUGUACUUCAGUGCCAGUUGUUCUCAGAGUAAAGCAAGUGGAGACAGUAUCUUAA